UAUACACUUUAAGCACUGAGUAGUAGUCAGAUCGGAGACCUGCCCAUGGAAACGGAUGAUAGACUAAUGACUUUGUUGCCGUUUCUCAAUUUCCUCUAGUUUUCUUUUCUGUCGGAGCUCGGCCUGUGGUUGCAGUGUUCGUAGAGAUUUGUGGUCCACGAAAAUCCGUCAGAGUGAGACGUCCUGUCUUGUGCUCACAGCUCUGGUGCAGCUACAGGUUACUCACCUGUGUGCUCAGCGCUCAGAGCGCACGAGUUCCGUGCCGUCAGUGGCGGCCGCGCGCAGGUUCAUACCGACACAUUCAUCCCGGUGUGACGGAACGAGGUGCACGCGACGACAACCUCCACUUAUUAACCGUUAAAACUCCGCCUCCCGUCCUCUCCACAAGUACCGACAUUCUUCACAGGUCGCGGAUUCAGACGCGCCACAGACCGCAGCAGGCGGCACUGUCGGUAAAGUGCAGCCGUUAGCGCCACGUCGGCUAAAACAAACUAAAGCCGAAACAGUUGUUCCCUUUCUUUUUCUUUCUUUCUUCUCUUCCGUCGGUCAGAGCCAGAGUUUCACCGCUGUGCACCAUGCUUGACCCGUCCUCCAGCGAAGACUCCGGCGGGGAGACCGACCCAGAAGUUGCCCAGGAGCCUCCGAAGAAACCGUCUGCCUCCCCGGCCGGGAAGGUGGACAGCAGCCGCCGAGGGGGUGGCAAGAAGCGGCAGACCGCCGUACCUGGAGGCGUCCCCGGCAAAGGUGCCAAAGAGAGCGACGCUACAGGUGAAGAGGAGGAGAGGAAGGAGCGGGAGCUGAUCCAGAGGGAGGAAGAGGAGAGGAAAAUUAAACUGCAGAUCUAUGUGUUCGUUCUGCGCUGCAUUGCCUACCCGUUCAAUGCCAAGCAGCCCACCGACAUGGCCCGGCGGCAACAGAAGGUGAACAAGCAGCAGCUGCAGGCGGUGAAGGAUCGUUUUCUGGCCUUCCUCAAUGGGGAAACGCAGAUUGUGGCAGAUGAAGCUUUCUGUAAUGCUGUGAGGAGCUACUAUGAGGGCUUUCUGAAGAGUGAGCGUGUUUCCCGGAUGGUUCAGAGUGGUGGAUGCUCUGCAAAUGACUUCCGUGAGGUUUUCAAGAAGAACAUUGAGCGUCGUGUCCGCAGCCUCCCAGAGAUUGAUGGUUUGAGCAAAGAGACUGUGCUGAGCUCCUGGAUUGCCAAGUAUGACGCCAUCUACAGGGGGGAUGAGGACAUGCGACGGCAGCCACAGCGAGCGCACCUGAGUGCCAUGUCAGAACUCAUCCUCAGUAAGGAGCAACUAUACGAUAUGUUCCAGCAAAUUCUCAGCAUCCGCAAGUUUGAGCACCAGCUGUUGUACAAUGGCUGCCAGCUGGAUAAUGUGGACGAGCAGGCAGCUCAGAUCCGCAGAGAGCUGGACGGCAGGUUACAGCUGGCCGAGAAGAUAGCCAGGGAAAGGAGAUACCCAGAGUUUAUCUCUGCUGACAUGGAGGCCAUGUAUGUGGAGGAACUGCGUUCAUCAGUCAACCUGCUGAUGGCAAACUUAGAGAGCCUGCCAGUGUCUAAAGGAGGUCCAGAUUUCAAACAGAAGCUCAAACGCUCCUCCAUGAACAACUCCUUCCUGGACAUGGGAGAUGAGGGAGACAUCUUGUCCAAAUCGGAUGUCGUGCUGUCCUUCACUCUGGAGAUUGUGAUUGUGGAAGUCCAGGGCCUGAAGUCAGUGGCUCCAAACCGCAUUGUGUACUGCACUAUGGAGGUGGAGGGAGGAGAGAAGCUGCAGACCGACCAAGCGGAAGCUUCCAGACCACAGUGGGGGACUCAGGGGGACUUUACCACGACUCACCCUCUGCCUUCAGUCAAAGUGAAGCUCUUCACAGAGAGCACUGGGGUAUUGGCUUUGGAGGACAAGGAGCUGGGCAGGGUGGUCUUGAACCCAACCACUAAUGGACCAAAGCAAGCUGAGUUCCAUCGGAUGGUCAUCCCCAAGAACAGCCAGGACACGGAGCUGAAGAUCAAACUGGCUGUCCGCAUGGACAAACCUCCCAACAUGAAGCACAGCGGGUACCUGUAUGCCGUGGGACAGAGAGUCUGGAAACGCUGGAAAAAACGAUAUUUUGUUCUUGUUCAGGUAAGCCAGUACACGUUUGCCAUGUGCAGCUACAGAGAGAAGAAAGCUGAGCCUCAGGAGCUGAUGCAGCUGGAGGGCUACACAGUGGACUACUGCGACCCUCAGCCAGGCCUGCAGGGUGGUCGAGUGUUUUUUAACGCAGUAAAGGAAGGUGACCUGGUGAUGUUCGCCUGUGAUGACGAGCAGGACCGGGUGCUGUGGGUCCAGGCAAUGUACCGAGCCACUGGACAGUCCUACAAACCCAUCCCACCACCACAGGACAAAACCACAAACUGCAGAGGAGGAAACCAGAAACCAGUGUCUCCCAUCAGUCUGGAUCCAACUCAGCGUCAAGGAGUAGAGGAGUUAAUCUCUGCAGCUCCAUGUCGCUUCGAUCACGCCGCCCUGUUCACCAUUUUACAGAAACACACUCUGCAGCACCGCAUGAAUGACUCCUUCUCCUGCCUGGGCUGGUUCAGUCCCGGUCAAGUGUUCGUCCUGGAUGAGUACUGUGCUCGAUAUGGCAUUCGAGGCUGCCACCGCCACCUGAGCUACCUGAAGGAUCUCAUGGAUUAUUCCAAGAACAACGCACUCGUCGACCCGACGCUGCUACACUACAGCUACGCCUUCUGCGCCUCCCAUGUCCAUGGGAACAGGCCGGAUGGGAUGGGGACGGUGACUGUGGAGGAGAAAGAGCAGUUUGAGGCCAUCAGAAGUCGCCUGAUGACUCUGCUGGAGAGCCAGAUCACACAUUUCAGGUACUGCUUUCCCUUUGGACGACCAGAUGGGGCCCUGAAGGCAACGCUCUCCCUGCAGGAACGGGUUUUGAUGAAAGACAUUACUACACCUGUUCCUCCAGAGGACAUGAAGAAAGUGGUACAAAAGUGUCUGGAAAAAGCAGCUCAAAUCAACUAUGGUCAGCUGAUCGAAUACGCUCAGAUCAAGGUGGACCCUCAAGCAGCCCCAGAAAAAAGACUAGAGGACAUGAUGAGGCUGGGAGAACUCUGCAUUGAGGUCCUGCAGCAGAACGACGAACAUCACUCUGAGGCUUUCUCAUGGUGGCCAGAGCUGAUGGCUGAACAUGCUGAGACAUUUCUGUCUCUGUAUAAAGUUGACAUGGAUGCCGCUCUGCAGGUCCAGCCAGUCGACUCCUGGAACAGCUUCCCCCUAUUUCAGCUGCUCAACAACUUCCUGCGAACUGACCCUCACCUGUGCAAUGGGACGUUCCACAAACACCUGCAGGACUUGUUUGUCCCCCUGGUGGUGCGCUACAUUGACUUGAUGGAGUCGUCCAUUGCCCAGUCCAUCCACCGAGGCUUCGAACAGGAGACCUGGCAGUCCGUUAGGUCGUUAACUAACAAUCUCGCCAGCGUUCCUCUUCCCAAAGUCCCCAGCCUUCCCCUCACACUGCCACAGAUGCCCAGCUUCUCGGCACCCGCCUGGAUGGGACCACUGUGUGAGAACACCUUGCAAGGAAUAAAUCUGCCUGACAUCUUUAACGGCUCAGCCACCUCCGAUGAUUUGUUCUGGAAGCUGGACGCUCUACAGAUGUUCGUGCUUGACCUCCACUGGCCAGACAUCGAGUUUGCAAAACAUCUGGAACAAAGACUCAAACUGAUGGCAAGCGACAUGAUGGAGGCCUGUGUCAAGAGAACAAAAUCUGCAUUUGAUGCCAAAAUGCAGAAAGCAAGCAAGUCGACAGACUUCCGGGUGCCGCUGUCAGUCUGCACCAUGUUCAACGUACUGAUGGAUGCAAAAAAGCAAUGCUCUAAACUGUGUGUGCUGGACAGCGGUCAGGAGAUUGACAAACAAUGGCAACAGUACCACUCCAAAAUCGAUGUUCUGAUUGAUGAAGCAUUCAAAGAAAUGAUUUCCGCCCUCGUGUCGAAGUUUGCUGCUGUUUUAGACUGCGUCCUCUCCAAGCUCUCCAGAUACGAUGAAGGGACACUCUUCUCUUCAAUUCUCUCUUUCACAGUGAAAGCAGCUGCCAAAUAUGUGGAAGCCCCUAAACCAGGGAUGGAUCUGGCCGACACCUACAUCACUUUUGUACGUCAGAACCAGGACAUCCUUCGAGAUCGCGUCAACGAUGAGCUUUACACCGAGAAGGUGUUUGAACAAUGGUACACAGGCUGUAUGAAGGCGGUGUGUGUUUGGCUGACUGACAGACUGGACCUGCAGCUCCACAUAUACCAGCUGAAGACACUCAUCAAGAUUGUGAAGAAAACCUACCGUGACUUCAGGCUGCAGGGUGUCCUGGACGGCACACUGAACAACAAGAGCUACGAGACCAUCUACAACAGGCUGACAGUGGAGGAAGCGACAGUGGCCGUUAAGGCGGGUGACGGCCUGCAGGGCAUCAGCAUGAGAGACAGUGAUGAGGAAGAUGACUAAACACACACUUGUCACACCUCCUUUCACACACUUGAUUACCAUCCUCUCUGCCAGAUCAGGAUCUUCCAUCACAGUUAGUCAUGCUGUUCUGCAAUUCACCAACUUCACACAAAGCUGGAACAAAAGCUAACCAAUGUUGUAAUAUGUUAUAAUAGGAUUGCUGAGAAUAAAGAGAAAUAGAUUUCUUCUGGGCAAAACUGCUGUUGCAUUCCUCACAAAUGGACAAGGUUGGUCAGAAUUACUGGAAGAAAAUGGUAAUCCCUGGUAACUGGGACAGGCUAAUAUUUAGUCAACAAGAGUUACCCGCUAGAUGAAAGAGUUAAGUGAUCACCCAAAAGCUGUUCUCUAGUCACUCAUAGUAACAUCUAAACUAAAAAGCUAAAAGCUGGACCUACAGAGUUAAUAUUAAUUUCAUAAUGUGGUCAAAUAAAGUUAGCAGACAACCAACAGGAAAUAAUGCUAAUGCUAGCAAGCAAGCCAUGUUGAUGCAAUUUCCCACUUCAGUAAAUUUCCCUUCACUCAAUCACAUGACAUUACAACUUACGUUCUUUCUUGUUACCUUCUGUUAAGAAAUUUGCCAUUAGUGUCAAACAUGCAAGAUAAUCUUUUUCAAAAAUAGUACCUUUGUGGUGUCAGAAACAAUGGUUUCUGGCAAACAUUUGUGGGCAACCUUUGGCAAUGUUGCCAUAAAUUAGCAGCAAGGUUUUUGUGUAUGAGGCAGGUUUGCUAGAAUGUUCGCUGUUUGCCUGUUUUGCAAAAAAUAAUCAAUUUUAUGCAGUUUUUAUAGUAUUUCUAGUUUUAUAUAUGCAUGACCAUGAGCAGUCUUGAGUACUCCGGUAACUCUAAAUUUUCUAUGAUGGAAUCAUGUGUCUUUUUUUUCACGAAAACAAUCAUCAUUUUGGCAUUUUCAAAAAUGUGUUAUUGAUCUUCAGGAAAUAUAACAAAAUCUCCUCGGCCAAAAAUAUACAUACUGCAAAUUGAUCUACCAGUUUUGGUGACGUAGAAAGCAAUUUUAAUUUUACAGCAGCUACAGAUCUCAGAAUCAUCUGUGCAACAGCUGUUUCUAAAUAUGAAGUGCAUGAUACAGUUGUGUCACUGCUAUGAUCAGGAAGAAAACACAAGCUGUUACCUGCUGCUGAGAGACAAGUAGUCAUCAUGGUCAAGAGUCAACCAAGAAUCAACAAAAAGCACAUUUGCAAUGAAUUAGAAGCUGCUGAAAAUAGUGUGUUUUGCAUCACCAAGAGCACCAAACCUACCGUCAAGCAUGGUGGUCAUAGUAUUUUGCUCUUUGGCUAUUUGGUGCAAAUGGAAAUGGUAUUUUACACAAAGUAAAUAUAACAAUGAAGAAGAAAGAUUGUCUCCACAUUCUUCAGAAAAACUCAAACUCGCCAGCCAGAAGGCUGGAUCUUAGAUGCAAGUGGGUCUUCCAACAAGACAAUUGCCCCAACUACACAUCAGAAGUGGUAAGGAUAUGUCUAAAUCAGGCUAGAAUUAAGGUUUUAAACUGGUCUCCCCAAAGUCCUCACUUAAAGCCCAUCAAGAAUUUGUGGACUGUGAUGCAGACACAAGUUUGUGUCAGAAAGGCAAGUAAUUUAGUUUCCCUGUAUUAAGGUUGUCAGUACGAGUGGUCCAAGAUACAACUAGAAACUUGUGGACAGCCUCCAAAAGCACCUAAUUGAGAUGAAAAUGGCCAAGGGACUUUUAUCCAAAUAUUAGCUUUAGCUGUAUGUAUAUUUUUCACUGAGCAGAUUUUUAUAUAUUUUCAGAAGAACUAGAGAAUGAUUACAUCAAGACUGUCAUGAUAUACACUACCGUUCAAAAGUUUGGGCUUACCCAGGAAAUUUCUUGUUUUCCAUGAAAACUCACACUUUUAUUCAUGUGCUAACAUAAUUGCACAAGGGUUUUCUAAUCAUCAAUUAGCCUUUCAAUACAAUUAGCUAACACAAUGUAGCAUUAGAACACAGGAGUGAUGGUUGCUGGAAAUGUUCCUCUGUACCCCUAUGGAGAUAUUCCAUUAAAAAUCAUCUGUUUACAGCUAGAAUAGUCAUUUAUCACAUUAACAAUGUCUAGACUGUAUUUCUGAUUCAUUUAAUGUUAUCUUCACUGAAAAAAAAUGCAUUUCUUUCAAAAAUAAAGACAUCUCUAAGUGACCCCAAACUUUUGCACAGUAGUGUACAAGUAAACUCUGACAGACAAGAACAACUUGUGCUAGCAGGGAUAGGCCACAGCCCACUUCAAUUUUCCACAAAGUUAACCAGAAGUCCACUGCAAGUUUGCCAUAAAACAGAUUAGCAUAUGAAAUUAUGACCAUGCUACAAGUUUUUGGUGGCAUUGUCAUACGUUAAUUACAGCUGUUUGCCAGAAAUCAAAAGUUUUCCAGUACUGCAGUGUUGUUACAGUAAUAAAAAUAUAAUGUUGUAGCUGUUACGAAGCUUUGUUAAUUAACCAUUGAGGUAAGUCUGCCUUGACUUAUAAGUGAUCUGUGUACGAACAGAAAACAGAUAAGAAUUAUACAAUUUGGCUGCCUAAAUCCUUUACACAAAUUAAACUAUGCUGUUUUGUUUGUGCCUUUGCUCCUGUGAACCAAAACCAGAAAUACAUUGAAUCUUUUUCUCAGUACUUUUCAGCUUCCGGCAGAUUUAUGAUGCAGAAGUUUGAAAUUGAAAAACUUUCUUUUUUCCUCUUUAAACAGAUUACCCUGUGGGAACAGUAAAAAGUAUGUACAUGUGCAGCAAGUAAUAUCAUGUCACAUCUGAAGGUCCUGAUCAGGUGAGGAAGUAAACUCAGGUAGUAACAUAUCCCAUCAUGCUCAUUGCCCAGGCACUGCUGUACAUAUGUGUUAGAAUAUACACGCCCCAGUCCGAAUGUACGACAAACAGGAAGUCGAGGUGAGGCAUCUGAACCAGAUUUUCUGGAUGGUGCUGAGAUAAACCUCGUCCUCUUCUCUCACCUGCAGGACAGGAAGCCACGCCCUCUUCACAUGCAGCCAUACUCUGAUUGAUGUCAUUUUGUACAGUUGAGCUCAGCGAUUCCAGCUCCUUUCUGUUAUGUUGUCACCCACAGCUGUACAGCUGUAGCUUAAUGUUCAAGAUGCUCUGAGCCUGCAAACCCUGAGCAACCUUGCUGCCAUUUCUUGACAGCAACAGAAGUGAAAUCAAGAAAAGAAAUUUAUUUUUACUUAACAAAAAGCUUGAAAUUGUGAAGUUACCUAAUGUUAUUUGUUACUUUAUACUUUAUAGUUCUACUGGCAUCCCCGGGAUGCUGCAGUAGUUGUUACAACCCACAGUGAUUGUCCUCACCUAUAAAACAGCAGCUUUGGUCACACAUUACAUUUUCCUAAGAGCCAACCUUGACAACUUGUGGUCGUCCGAAUAAUGACAAAGCAAAUGUAGUCUGACAUUGUUACAGCGGCUCAGAACCUUCUACAGAGGAGAUUGUGGUGGAUAAUUAUAGAUUAGUCACUCCAUUCUUGCUUGAAACAAAUGUUGACCAACUGUUCAAUGUUUGUUUCUGUUAAUCCUGACUAUAAUGUUUCUCCAACCUUAACAAAGAAGCUUUAAUGGGUAAAACUUAAAUCAAACUUUAAUCAAUGUGGCAGAUCAGAAUACACUUCUACAGGCUAUUUUUGGAGGUCAUAUUGUUGUUUAGGUUGGAGGACUGGGUGACAGACAAUAUUAUGACUAUUACUAAUGCUAUUUUAAUACUAUUUUUCAGUCUUUACCUUGCCCUUAACUGAAACUGAUGAAAGGGUAAAAGUCAUGCAGUCGUCAAAAUGUAAGAGUUAAGUGAAAUGUCAGAGUGUGACAGGGAACUUUUAUGAAAAUCUGCUCCUAUGUUUUUGAUAUUUCUUGUUGACCUUCUAGUUGCGUUGAUAGAAGACAGUAGUGAGAUAAUUAGGCUUCAUUGUGAGGGGACCACAAAUAUCUGUCGUAAAUGUUAUGAAUGGCAGUUUUUAAGAUAACUUCCUAUGGACAGACAUUUUAGACAGCUCAAAUGUCUGAUCAACAUCACCAUGCUUGGGGCCCUGUAAGCUGGAUUUUCUCCUAAAACACAAAGCCAAUCACUUUUUCUAAUUCUCAUGCAGAAUCUUCACCGACCCUGUAGUCCUGACAUGUAGUUUUUUGGAGAUAUAUCCAGCUUUAGCUAUCAACCCCUUUACCUUUAUGUUCCCUUGCAUAUAUAUUGGAGAAUUCUAUGUACACAGUAUGCAUCAAGUGCCAAACUUUCUGUUGGCAUGUCUUUGUCAAACUUCAACAUGUGUUUUAAUAGCUAAAACUUGCCCAAAUCUUUGUUUUAUCAGCCUCUGGGUCUUUGUCGCUGCUCAUUGUUCAACUCUAUAUUGUCCAGUUAACUUCUGAGGGCUGAGAUUAUAGUAGAGUCAAAUAGGCCAAAAAAUAAAUGUAGUCAGAUUAUCAGCUGUGUAGGAAUCAACAAGUUAUCUUGAUUCUAUAAAGUACUUGUUUAAGUAAGGCUGUUUUCCACUGCAGGAACUUGUUUUUUUGUUGUUGUUGUUUUUUUUUUUUUUGGUGGCUCAAUUUCAAAGAGUUGUAGCUUAAACUUGGAGCAAAUAAAGUUGAUCGGGUAAACUCAGAGAAACCUCAAACCACGUAGUAUCUGCCAUAAAGUUCCUGCAGUGGAAAGCCAACUGGAGUUUCCUGAAAGUCAGAUAAUAGUUCUUCCUACCAUUUCUCUUUCCACAUUAGUUUGACCUGGGUAUUUGAUUUGAAACAUUUAUAUCUUAAGCUUUUAGGCUUCCAGUACCAUUGAGUGUUACUGUAACUUGAUGAUGAAAUGUAUAGAAAUUUGCUCCACAUUUUAGUGAUACAGAGGAAUCCUUUAAUAUACUUUUCAAAGUUACCAUGCUUUUGCAGCAAUGCACACAUAGGGUAACAUAUAUUUAACAUUCACAUUUAAGUCUCAUAAGUGUUGCAAAAUGUAAUACAAGGAUGUGCAGAAUCAGCCAUUAGUGUUUUACCUGGCAGUACGGUUGAGUUUUCAAUCAGAACAAUGAAACAAACUGUAUUUAUUAGCUUAAUGUUUGAUUGUCAGAUCUUCAGACAAACUCUUACAAGUCUGAGCUAAUGAAAUGUUGCUGUACUGCUGCACCUUCUGCAAGUGGAAAUGUCCUCACCGCUACUUGAGGUUGGUGGCUUUAGGUGGUAAAAGAUACAACACAUAACUCAUUUCUAUGGUGGUUGUCGACUGUAACAUAAAAAUAUCACUGAAACAGGUUUGCAGGUUCUAUACAUUUUACAUAGGUCCAUGCAAAAACCACAAAACUUCAUUGGGGAAUAAUUUUUGGAAACGUGAUUACAUGCUGAUGCAGUUGUAAAUCUGCUGUCAUCUCUGUUCAUUGUGAGAUUUACUGUUGUAAAGAAUAUUGAACUGUAGAGUGAUAUGGUCAUACUGCCUGUUGUGCAUCAUAUCCUACAUCGAUCAAAAUCUUGCCAACAAACUGAAAAAGUCCAGACUUUUUAAGAGGAGAGAGCGUGGAUCUGUUUUUCAUCUGAUUAAUGUGCUUAACCUGACCAGAAGUGAGCAAGCGAAGCAUCUCAUUGUUGCUGUGCAUCCACUCACUAGUCUGCUUGUUGUUGUUGAGAAAAUAGUUUGACCUGUAAAUUCAGUGUAAGCUUCUGAUCGACUGUGUGCAACACCCUGGCGCUUGUUUCAACUGUCCGAACCAGUUUGUGUCAGUGCAGUUCAAAAAGGCCAAAAACUCAUGGGCAAAAACCUAUAUGAAGAAGUAUAUUUCUAUUGUCUUAUUGUGCACCUGUUUUGUUCAGGUGUCUUAUCUGAGUGUCACUAUUAAAAGUGUUUUUAAAGCACCA